CGGAGCUAUAUGAUGUUGUUUUGUGUCGAUUUUAAUGUCCUUUAGAAUAAUUUACCAAAAUAGUCAACAUGGGCAUUUUGAUAAGAUUUUGCUAGUUCAAUAUACAGACAUAUUUAAAAAAUAGCACUAUUAAAAAAUAAAAAGUAAAUACGUGUGCAUAAAAUUCAAAGGUCAAAAUGAGAAAAAAGUCAUAUACCAGGGUAAAGAUCCGGCAUAACAAAUAAUGAUCGUUAACCAGGCUGUUUCGUUGAUCAACCUAUCCGUAGAAAUGUAUGUAACUCUGAUAUGUUUGUGAGCUAUUUCACAGAAGUUUGCGAAUUCUCCAUUUGAUCCUUUUUUUUCAUCCUCUUUGAAGAGCGUAAAGUAGUGAAAUGGCGGAUUCCGAUAGGAAACCUGUACGAUUAUACGUUUCGGUUAUUCCAAGAACUAUCUCGACGGCUUUCACCAAAUGCCUGAGUGCAAUUGAGGGCAUGGAAGUUUGGUUUGAAUGUUUUACAUACUGCAGCCAUACCGCGCGAGAAUAUAAGCUGGCUACUGGCGAAGAUAUGCCGAUGGAGUAUGAAGGAAAUGAAAAGCAGGUCCAACAAGCAGUGACGGUCUAUGAACGUUUAGCGGGAUGCAAAUUAGAGGCCGACCGACUUGUAUAUGGUAAUGUGAAACGGAAACUCGAGGAAUCCACAAGCAGGUACAUUUUAGCUAAGGAGGUCUACUGGGGUUUUCCAGAUCAGAAAUCCAGAGAAUACAUGCCAGCAGGGUUUAAGCAUGUCUUUCUCAUCCGGGAUCCUUAUAAAGUCUUCAGCUCCUUCAAGAAAGCCGAGGUCGAUCAGUUGAUAAAAGCUGGUUUAUGGACUGACGACGCGGAGACGUUUGACCUAGAGAAGGACGACCCUUUCGUAAAGGCUAGCGAGUUCUUUAGGAGCACGCAUGAAUUAUGGAAGUAUAUCCGCACCAACGUUGAUCCUGACCCUAUCGUCAUCAACACAGACGACCUGUUGGCCAACCCGGCAGAGGUGCUGUCAAAGUUCUGCCAUCGGACUGGUCUUCCAUACAGUGAUUCGCUUCUUCAAUGGGAUGCUUCUCCAGAUGUCACCAAGACAUGGAAGGUAACCAUCGAUAAUGUAUUGAAGAACUUCGACACAUUUUAUGAGACAGCGACCUGUUCCAGUGAGUUUAUACCACCUAAACCACCAGUACCCAAAGACAGGUUGGCACCAGAUGUCAGGAGGCUCGCUGAGGCGUCAAUGCCAUACUUCCAAGAAAUGAACAUGUUCAAAAUUUAAAUAUCUACCUCGACAGAAUGACAUAAUGUAGAAAUCUCAGGAACAUAACUUUAUUUGUUACUUCUCGGCUUAUUCUUUUUCUUUGAUACGGUUAUUCAUAUUAUUCUACUGAUUUCUAUUAAAAAUUUGUUUUAAACCUCUUGAAUCGAUUAGGUCAUAUUUAUCGGAUAAGGUCCAUUGUUGUCACUGUCCGAUCAAAAUUCAGUCCUUAUCUUUAGACAUAAUGAUGUUCCGCAAGGGUCUGUAGGAGGACCGAUGUUGUUUUCAAGUUAUAUAAUGGGUUCAAAGGAGACUGACAUCAACGAAGUGUUCUCCAAACCCUAAUAUCCCAUAUUUUCUGAUAUCGCAGGAUGCGAUAUAAUAUAUUGAAUUCUGUGGCGAAAGUCAAAGGUAUUUCGACCCAUCCGUUAGCGACUAUACCUCAAAUAUUAUAAUUCCUGAGCAUUAUAUGAAGUUAACAGCCCCAAUCAAGUUUAUAACAGACCAAAUACGAAGUAAAAGUACAAAUUUCAUUUGAAUCUAUGUUCAGAACUCCACAUCCUUAAUAUUUGUUUGUGUACUAAAUUUAUUUGAUACUUUUCCUUUUGAUGUUGUAUACUGUUUAUGUCAAGGGGUCAUGGGCUAACCAGCCUAUAUGUUUUCUUUCGUUUAUGACCCACAUUUUCAACCACAAAUAUAAUUUGUUGUUGGUUUUAUAUGUGUUGUUUAAUAGUGGAUAAUAAAUGAUAAGGUUUGAUUUAAUGAUUGGUAACAUACGCGACAUCCAAUGACUAAACAUAGUGGACUUGCCCGAACAUCAAACACACCUGAUAAAUGAAUAUAGCUCAACAUUUGAUUGUUACGUGAUUAUUUUACUUUCAUUGUAAAAUACAUUUUUACAGUUUUUAUUGGAAAACAAGAGAUGUAGAGAUGUAAAUCAACUAAUAGUAGCAUGAAUCACCCGUUGAAUAAAUUCAGUAAAU